AUGGAAGGCGUUCAACUACGAGAUGAGGCCGCGCAGGAUCGCGUGCGCGCUGCCAUUGAAUUCCUUGAUCCCAGCGAUGCACGGGCGCGCAGCUAUCGAGCAGAUAUUGUGGUGAUGCUGAACCGAGGAAUGCGCCGUUUGACGGUUAGCAUCGAUGAGCUCCGAGCACACAACCGGGAGCUGGCCGAGGGGCUUCUCACCUCCCCUUUUGAAUAUUCGGAAGCCUUCGACCGGGCCUUGAAAGAAGUGGUGAAGACCUUACCCGGCAGACCAGCCAAGGAGACUGCGGAUGAAGUAAACUACUACUGCGCAUAUGUUGGUGCCUUCGGAGAAUUUUCUUGCAACCCACGCACACUAGGAUCCCAGCACUUGAACCGCAUGAUAUCCCUGGAAGGAAUUGUGACAAAAUGCUCCUUGGUCCGACCCAAGGUGAUUCAGAGUGUUCACUACAGCGAAAAGAAGGAUCGUUUCCUAGCCAGAAAAUAUCGGGAUCAGACCAUGACCGCCAGCGGUGCGACAAGCUUGAAUGUCUACCCUCAGGAGGAUGAAGACAAGAACCCCCUUAUCACCGAAUACGGCUACUCGACCUACAUGGACCACCAGUCAAUCUCGAUCCAAGAAAUGCCCGAGCGAGCUCCGGCCGGUCAGCUUCCCCGCAGUGUUGACGUUAUUCUGGAUGACGACCUAGUCGACAAGGCCAAGCCAGGAGACAGAAUCCAGCUGGUGGGAAUCUACCGCUCCCUUGGAAAUCGUAAUGCUAGCUCCGGCUCGUCGACAUUCCGCACAGUUGUGAUGGCCAACAACAUCAUUCAGCUAUCGUCCAAGUCCGGCGGCGGUAUUGCCCAGGCCACCAUUACAGACACGGACAUUCGAAACAUCAACAAGAUUGCGAAGAAGAAGAAUGUCUUUGAGCUGCUGUCACAGUCUCUGGCACCCAGUAUUCACGGACACGAUUACAUCAAGAAAGCCAUUUUGCUCAUGCUACUUAGUGGUAUGGAAAAGAACUUGGACAAUGGCACUCACUUGCGUGGUGACAUCAACAUUCUCAUGGUUGGUGAUCCCUCGACAGCCAAGUCCCAGCUUCUUCGGUUCGUGCUCAACACUGCUCCAUUGGCCAUCGCCACAACUGGUCGUGGUUCAUCUGGCGUUGGUCUGACUGCAGCCGUCACCUCCGAUAAGGAGACUGGAGAGCGCCGGCUGGAGGCCGGAGCUAUGGUUCUGGGUGAUCGUGGCGUGGUCUGUAUUGAUGAGUUCGACAAGAUGAGUGAUGUGGACCGUGUGGCUAUUCACGAAGUCAUGGAACAGCAGACUGUCACCAUCGCCAAGGCCGGUAUUCACACAAGUCUGAACGCGCGAUGCAGUGUUCUGGCUGCUGCCAACCCUGUCUAUGGCCAGUAUGACGUACACAAGGACCCCCACAAGAACAUUGCUCUACCUGACUCGCUUCUUUCUCGUUUUGAUUUGCUCUUCAUUGUGACAGAUGACAUUGAAGAUGCCAAGGACCGCACCAUUUCAGAGCACGUCCUCCGCAUGCACAGAUAUCGCCAGCCUGGAACGGAAGAAGGCGCUCCUGUACGUGAGCAGCUCAACCAGACUCUGGGCGUGGGAAUCGAAGACCGUCAAGAUGCCAACCAGCCCACAGAGGUCUUCGAGAAAUUCAACGUCAUGCUCCACGGCGGCAUGGUCCCUGCUAAUGGCCGCAACCGUAACAAGAAUGUGGAAAUCGUCAGCAUUCCCUUCAUAAAGAAGUACAUUCAGUACGCCAAAUCCCGAGUCAAGCCUGUGCUGUCCAAGGGCGCUGCCGAUCACAUCAUCGCCGUAUACUCUGCCCUCCGAAAUGACGACCUCUCCAACAACCAGCGCCGCACCUCACCCAUCACACCGCGUACUCUUGAAACCUUGAUUCGUCUGGCCACCGCCCACGCUAAGGCACGCCUGUCUAAUAGAGUUGAUGAGAAGGAUGCUAAGCAUGCCGAGGCUAUCCUGCGCUUUGCCAUGUUCAAGGAAUUGCAGGACGAUGGUCGCCGUAAGCGCCGCAAGGUGCAGACCUUUGACGAGGAUACCGAUGAUGAGAGUGACUCUGAGCUUGAUGAUGAUGAGACACCUUUCCAAGGCCAGACAUCUGCCACGCCAGGCCGGACCACCAGAUCUCACGGUGAUGCUAGUACUGUGGGCCCAGAAGAGAGCCAAAGCCUCGACACGGCUAGCCCCCGUGCCUCUCGCACGCGCACCAGCCAAACGACGCGUACUCAACAGACCGAAUCGCAGAUGUCUGUGGCAUCCUCCCAUCCCGCCUCACAGCUUGUGCAGUCUCAAACCGACAACUCCCAGUCCACCUCAUCGGACCACCCCAUCACACCCGACCGCUAUGCAGUGUUCCGCCAGAUCCUGGGUCCUCUCAUGGGCACUCGUGUCUUCGCUGAUGGAGACCAGACCAAUGUCGACGAGUUGAUCAACGAGGUCAACACAGCCAUUGGCAAAUCGCCCAACCAUGGCGCUGGGGACAUUUUCCCACGGCCCGAGGCUAUUCAGGCUCUGCAAAAGAUGAAUGAAGAGAACCUGCUGAUGUUCCUCGAGGAUGACGACAACGUUUACCGAAUCUAA